AAAGAUAGGGAGGGAGUCAGAGAGAGAAAGAGGAGAGAGAAGGAAGAGAGAGAAACAGGGGGAGGUUGGUUUCGAGACGUUACCGGAUUUCAAAUUCCGAACUCGCCGGAAUUUAGGAACUCCGUUCACGUCCGUCUAGGGUUUCUGUUCCAUCUUUCUCUUCACUCUGCAUCUCCAACACUUAGGGUUUGCUUUUUCGCCGAUCUUUAGGGUUUUUUUAUUCCUUUUUUUUUUUUUUUUUUCCGACCGUUGAGUUCGAAUUCAUUGUGCUUAUGAAGUUGAGCCCACGAUCUGUGAUUUCGGGGCUUGGUGAGGGCAGGUUGUGGAAAUUGUAGUGAUGUUUACGCCGCAGAGAAAGGUGUGGUCGGGUUGGUCUCUCACGCCCAGGAGCGAUGCCCAGAAGAACGCUGCUGGGUCGGGUUCGAAUUUGAGCCCUAGAAAUGGCGGAGUCGGCGAUGGAAGUGUUUCGAAGGGAAAGAGUGCAGCUUUUGUUGAACCGGUGACGCCGGGCGAGAAUGGUGGGAAUAUGGUGGAGCGGCCGGGCGAGGUCUCGUCGGACCUUGAAGCAUUGGUUGCAAAGGUUUCAAAGCUUGAGAGCGAGAUUUUUGAAUACCAAUACAAUAUGGGGCUUCUUCUCAUUGAGAAAAAGGAGUGGACUUCUAAGUAUGAUGAACUCAGGCAAGCAUUGGUAGAUGUAAAAGAUGCCCUCAAACGAGAACAAGAUGCACAUUUGGUUGCAAUGUCUGAAGUUGAGAAGCGUGAGGAGAAUUUGAGGAAAGCCUUGGGAAUUGAGAAGCAGUGUGUGCUUGAUCUAGAGAAGGCCUUGCAUGAGAUGCGUUCAGAGUAUGCAGAAAUUAAGUUUACAUCUGAUUCAAAGUUGGCUGAAGCAAAUGCUUUGGUGACUAGCAUUGAGGAGAGAUCUUUUGAGGUAGAAGCAAAGUUACAUGCUGCUGAUGCUAAGCUUGCAGAGGUGAGCAGAAAGAGUUCUGAGAUUGAGAGAAAAUCACAAGAGGUGGAUGCUCGAGAAAAUGCACUUAGAAGGGAACGGUUAUCCUUCAAUGCAGAGCGAGAAGCACAUGAGACUACUUUAUCUAAACAGAGGGAAGACUUACGAGAAUGGGAAAAGAAAUUACAAGAGGAAGAAGAGAGGCUGGGCGAAGGUCGGAGAAUCCUCAAUCAAAGGGAGGAGAGGGCAAAUGAAAAUGAUAAGAUCUUUAAGCAGAAAGAGAAGGACCUUGAAGAGGCACAGAAGAAGAAUGAAAUGACUCAUUUAACUUUGAAAAAGAAAGAAGAUGAUAUAAGUGGCAGGCUAUCAAACCUAACUCUAAAAGAGAAGGAAACUGAUGCUGUGAGACAGAGUUUAGAGAUUAAAGAGAAGGAAUUACUUGAAUUGGAAGAAAAGCUUUGUGCUAGAGAAAGAGUUGAAAUUCAGAAGCUAGUUGAUGAGCACAACAUCAUUCUUGAUGUGAAGAAACGCGAAUUUGAGUUGGAAAUUGAACAAAAGAGGAAAUCCUUGGAGGAGGAAUUGAAAAGCAAGGUGGUUGAAGUGGAGAAGAAGGAAACUGAAUUUAAUCACAUGGAGGCGAAAGUUGCAAAAAGAGAGCAGGCAUUGGAGAAGAAACUGGAAAAGUUUAAGGAAAAAGAGAAGGAAUUUGAAUCUAAAUCAAAAGCUCUGAAGGAAAAGGAAAAGUCAAUUAGAGCUGAGGAGAAAAACUUGGAGGCUGAAAAGAAACAUAUACUUGCUGAUAAAGAGGAUUUGCUUAGUCUCAAGGCUGAAGCUGAGAAGAUAAGGGUUGAAAUUGAAGAACAGAAAUUGAAGCUACAUGAGGAGAGGAAACAGCUUGAAAUAACUGAAGAAGAAAGGUCAGAAUUUCUCCGCCUGCAAUCAGAAUUGAAACAGGAGAUAGAAAAGUACAGACUUGAGAAGGAAGUUCUUUUGAAGGAAGUUGAAGAUUUGAAACUACAAAGGGAGACUUUUGAGAGAGAGUGGGAAGUGUUAGAUGAGAAGAGAGCUGAGAUUGAGAAGGAUCUGAUUGAUGUCAGUGAACAGAGGGAAAAGUUAGAAAAAUUAAAACAUUCUGAAGAGGAAAGGUUAAAAACUGAGAAGCUGGCAACACAGGACUACAUACAAAGGGAGUUUGAAUCUCUGAAGCUGGCUAAAGAAUCAUUUGCAGCCAGCAUGGAGCAUGAGCAGUCAGUGUUGUCUGAAAAAGCUCAGAGUGAGAAAAGCCAAAUGAUUCAUGAUUUUGAGCUGUUGAAAAGAGAACUUGAGACUGAUAUACAGAACAGGCGGGAAGAGCUGGAGAAACAGCUGCAGGAGAGGGAGAAGGUAUUUGAGGAAGAGAGGGAGAGAGAAUUAAACAAUGUUAAUUACUUAAGAGAAGUAGCUCGGCAAGAAAUGGAAGAAGUGAAACUGGAAAGACUUAGGAUAGAAAAAGAAAAACAGGAAGUUGCUGCAAAUAAGAAGCAUCUUGAUGAGCAUCAAUUUGAAAUGCGGAAAGACAUUGAUGAACUUGUUUCCCUUAGCAGAAAGUUGAAGGAUCAGAGGGAACUUUUCAGUAAGGAGAGAGAACGCUUCAUUGCAUUUGUUGAGCAACAGAAGAGCUGCAAGAACUGUGGAGAAAUAACCUGUGAGUUUGUGCUUUCGGAUCUACAACCUUUACCCGAAAUCGAGAAUGUGGAAGUCCCCCCUCUGCCAAGACUGGCUGAUCGUUAUUUCAAGGGAAGCGUUCAGGGUAAUAUGGCUGCUUCUGAGAGGCAAAAUAAUGAGAUGACUCCAGGAAUAGUUGGUUCAGGAUCUCCAACAUCCGGUGGAACCAUUUCUUUUCUCCGGAAAUGCACUUCGAAGAUAUUUAACUUAUCGCCUGGUAAAAAGAUUGAGGUUGCUGCCAUUCAAAAUCUGACAGAGGCACCUGAGCCCAGCAGACAAGCUAUAGUGGAACCGUCAAAAAGAUUAGGUAGCACUGAAGAUGAGCCAGAACCAUCUUUUAGGAUUGCAAAUGAUUCCUUUGAUGUCCAGAGGAUCCAAUCUGAUAACAGUAUCAAAGAGGUGGAAGCUGGCCAAGAUCUAUCUAUUGAUGAGAGCAACAUUGACAGUAAGGCACUAGAACUUCAGCAACAUUCUCAGCACUCUGAUUUAAAGGGUGCUCGGCGCAAACCUGGAAAAAGAAGCAAGCAAAGAAUUCAUAGAACCCGCUCUGUGAAGGCAGUUGUCAGAGAUGCUAAGGCUAUAUUAGGGGAAUCUUUAGAACUUAGUGAGAAUGAGCAUCCAAAUGGAAAUCCUGAGGAUUCUGCUCAUAUGAAUGAUGAAAGCCGUGGAGAAUCUAGUUUUGCAGAUAAAGGGACUCCCAGAAAUGGAAGGAAGCGACAACGUGCUUACACAUCUCAAACAAUGGUGAGUGAGCAGGAUGGUGAUGACAGUGAAGGACGUUCUGAUAGUGUAAUGGCACGUAGGCAAGGGAAGAGGAGACAGAAAGUUCCUCCAGCUGUGCAAACUCUUGGUCAAGAAAGAUACAAUCUCAGACGGCCUAAAAAUACAGUGACAGUUGCAGCUGCUAAAUCCUCGACUAACCUGCAUAAAAGAAAGGAGACUGAAACUGAUGGCAGUGGUGCUGGAGGUACAGGAGAAGAAAUUCCCGACUGCAAUGCUGCCCCUGCAACUUCAGUGGGACUUAUCAGUGAGAACGGUGGAAGCACACAUGUUUUGCAGGCCGAGACAUUCAAAACCAUUGUUGAUGUCCAUUUCCCAUCAGAUAGGGUUGUUAGGCUUGAAGCAGCAGAAGACACUCAAGACGACAAUGCUGAUGCAACAAAAGAGUUGGUGGAGAACAUGGCAUUGAGUGAAGAGGUGAACGAGACACCUGAUGAAGGGCCUAUGGAGUAUAGUGAUGGGAAUUUGGAUGAGGGCAGGAGUAAGCCUCCCAAGGAAGGUGGGGAAGGGAAUGGGGACGGGGAUGAGGAUGAGGAUACAAAUGAAGAUGAUGAAGAUGAAGAGUAUGAACAUCCUGGGGAAGUUUCAAUCGGAAAGAAGCUUUGGACCUUUCUAACCACGUGAUCACUCUGGACCCUACUACUGGGUUGGUGGGUUUAGCCAAGUAUUGUAUCAGCUGUUUUAGUCAUGGCUGUUAGGGGGGCCUCUCUCUGAUGUGUAGUAGUGUGUAUUUUAACAUGAGUCAAUGUAGUAGUGAGUAUGAAAGUUGUAAUUGGGGUGGGGGUGGGGGGGUGGAUUGGUUUUUUUCGGCUUCUUUUUCUUCCAUGUUUUAGGAUUCUCAGCACGUUCUCUCAUUUUUACAACCACCUUCAUGAUUUGAUGGGGUAGUAGCAGACUAGCAGUCCCGCCAGUGCAAUUUUUAACGCCGGACGUAGCUUCUUGUACUAAGUUGUUUGUAGCAAAUGCUUGUAUUCUCUCUCUCCCUAUUUCAAAGUUCCAUCUAAAACUUGUUGGCCAUUAAUUUCUGGUUUUUGUAAUUGGGUUGGUUUGUGAAAUGUUUUCUUGUGUGAA